UUGAGGUGACAUCCACAGACCACUUCUCUGUCUAUCAGCUGUCGGACCUCAACGACACAGACAUGGCGGCUCAAAAUCUCCUUCUUCAUGUCCAUGUUUCUACUGACAUUGUCAGGAAGAUGACCUUGCCUUCACGUCCAGAGAGUGUAGAUGAGCUGAAAACCAAGAUAAAAGCCAAGUUCCAGCUAGACUUUGACUUUAGCUUAUCUUAUGAAGACCCAGAUUUUGAUGGGCAGUUAUGCUCUCUUGUAGACAUUGAUGAGCUUCCGCAGAAGGCUGUAUUAAAAGUGAUUACGGGUGAGAGUGAUGGCAGCUCUGUAGCAUCAGAUGAAACCAUCAUACUUCCCCAUGCAAUGACCCCACAGAGAGUUGAUAGAUGGCCCACCGUUUUUCCAGUGCCCACUUUUUCAUAUGAGGUGGAGCUUAUACUUGGAGAAGGAAAUAUUGCAUUUGAGAGAACUGGGAAAACUCUGAAAUUGUCAAAGGGCCAAAAACACAACAUCCUUGAGACCCUUGCAGGUAAAAUGCAUGCUUUUAAAGCAUAUCCCACUGAUAGGGAAUUUUCAGAGGUCGCAAAAGCACUUGUGACUAAACAUCCGUGUCUAAAAGAACCAGGAUCUCAGACAGGAUGGUACGGGUGGAAAAACAGUUUAAAGUUUAAAAUGGGGAACUAUAGAACAAAGUUGAGUCAAGCUGGAUUUAGUGAAGUAGCCAUAAAUUCUGGAAAACGGAGCAAAAACAACCCUGACAAACAGCCUGCCCACAGUAACAUUAAAAGACCAAAACGGGCAGAGGUGAAUUUUCUCCCAAAUUUCCCAAGAGGGGAAGAUCUUGGAAGCUUGGAGCAAAUCAGACUCCAAAUUGUAGAUGAAGUCAAGAUAACCGCCAAAAACCUCACCCAGAUUACAGCUCUGAUGCAAACUACUUUUGCCUUACGGCGAAAAGAAGUCGUCAGCGAUGAGCUACCUGUUGGAGAGAUCUUGGAACGCUGGCCUGCCCUUGGAAUUGAGUCCCAGAUUUGUUCAGAGUUCCACAGGAUCACGAACAUCAACCUGAAAAACAAUUUCUAUGCUGAGCUGGAUCGACAUGUUCCUCGUCUCCAGAGCUUGUUCAGAAAAAAAGCUGCACGCACAGGGAAAGUGGCCGAAGCCCUUGAUAAGCUCUUCAGUGCUUAUGACCUCCAGGAGCAAGUUGACGUCCAUGGAAGACGUGCGGUUGUUCUCCGUGCUCUUCCUCCUUAUCUGUGCGAGGAUGACUCCAAGUUCCUGAAGAUGUGGGAUCCUGUGGAGUCUCCAGAAAUGGAUCUUCAUGACAUAGCAGUUGGCAUCGUUUUGAACUCUGCCAACUCAAUUGAUCCCACAUUCCUCGUCCCAGAUACGGUUGAAGUUGUCAUUGAGGGUAAUGUAGUGAUCACCGUGCCCACACUCGCUGAUGGAUAUGUUGUCCUUUUUGGCCUGAUUUAUGCACUGCAUUUAGAUUACCCAAAAGAAUUGGCCAAUACUUUUGACUUCAUUCAGAAGGUCUUAAUGGGCCUGGAAGAUGGAAAGUUGAGACCCAGAGUGUUGAGCCUGAAAAAUGAACUUUUGGCACGGGAGUAAUCUGGCUCUUGUUAACAAAGUUGCUUGAGCAACAUAUCAGGCACACACAACUGAAACAACUUAAUGUUUUGACAUUAUUAUUGUUCACCUCCAACUCAAUGUUUGCCAGUUCAUCUUAAAAAUUGUAUUAGUAUGGAUACAGUGUCAUGCAUAGGCAUAUUUGUUUUUCUUGGUCAGUUUUUGAAAAUACUCUUUUGUGAUGUUUGUUUGUACUGGAAGCUGUUACUGAAGUACACAGUUUCAUAUCUUUGCUCUUAUGUGAUUUUGAAAUAUGAUAAUGUGAUGCAGUGCUUUAAAUGUAUUACAUUAAACUGAGCUCUAAUGUUUAUUAGUAAAGUUGGACAUGUAUGACAGGUUCCUUUUACUGUCCAUUUGAAAAUGUGAUAAUUCCGAAAAAAAAAAAAAAAAUGUUAUUGUACUAAUUUGGGUAUUGUUUUACUCAAUAAAAUGGGACUGAAUUUAA